UCAAGUUUGUCAUAGCGACGAAAAUGGCGACGAGAAGCCAGUCAAAAAUCUCAUCCAGAGCUAGUAAAGCAUCUCUUCAUGGAUCAUCAUCGAAUUUGUCCUCAGCCAAGACUGGGAAAAAUAAGAAAAAAGUGACAGUGGACGGUGAGGCAGAUGAGCGGGAAGGAGCCCUGGCCUUCAAGGUGUUGACAGCAGACCAGACCCGAGAACUACAAGCACUCAGUGUAGAACACAUGCAGAUGAAAUUAUGCGACAUAUUCAAGCUAGACAGUCACUCAACCGACCUACGUGAGGCCUCAGUGCUAGACUUCUACACAGCCUCUGUGUGGUGGGGCAAGGAAAAGGCAUUCUCUGUACAGCAACUGUCAGGAUUCUUUACACUCGUACACACGAUCUUCGAGAAUGUCAAAGAGAAACACCUGUCAUUGGUUGAAAAUCUGAAGGAGAUGAAGAAGAUGCUUGUGGGUAUUGGAGCUGAGAAUGGACCAGACAUGCAGUACGGAGGACUCGAGUUCUUUGAUGUGAACCAGGCUAAAGACAUCACUAACUAUCUAUACAGCAGUUUCUUCCAACACUACACGUUGUAUGAGUACAUGUUCUCAACACUCCAAGCCGAGGAAAUCAUUGGGACAGAUCUGGACGUGGAGGUGGCCAAGGCUGCUGAUGUCCCGUUUCCCCCUCCCCUGGAUGAGGGUGUGUCCGAGGAACACUUCAACCAGUACAUUGCCACGCCCCCUCCCACACCAAUACCAGAGCCAGUGGAAGAUACUGCAGAAGAGGUGAGCGAACUGCAGAUUGAUGAGAAGACGUCGGAGAACAUCUUCUCAAAGCUGUCCGUGGAUGAUGUGAAGGAGGUGAUCGAGAGUGUUGCCAAGGAGAUGCUGGGAGGACUACAGACGGAAGUAGCAUCCAAACUGAGAGAGAAGGAAAAUCAGCUGAUUUCCAAGAUCAACAAAAUCCAUCGGGUGGCUGAGACAUGAAACACGUUUUUAUCAAUGAACCCAUUUACACUGUGAUAUACAUAGCCCAAAUUUUUUAGCGGAAGAUUAAGUACUAAGAAACUGAUUUUGUUGUCAGAUCUGAUAUCAGCAGGAUGUGUCAUCAAUUUCAUAAAGUGAACCCUGUAUAUUUAUUGCAGUCAUGAGAGACUGUAUACUGUCAUUUUGUAAAUAAAAUACAUACACCUC